UCUGUUCGUGCUGAUCACCUCAAAGGCGAUUGGGUGAACCCGCGUCACGUGACCGGGCUCGACAGGAGUUUCCACGACAGCUGAAUAGCAGCUAAAUGCGUCUUUUUCACUUGUAACAUCGAUCCUUUUUCCACUCAUUGAGUCGAAGUUUCGUUAAAUGGGUGACAAGAAGAGCCCCACAAGGCCAAAGCGGCAAUCGAAGCCCCCCGCCGACGAUGGCUUCUGGGACUGUAGCGUCUGCACGUUCAGGAACACCGCCGAGGCGUUCAAGUGCAUGAUGUGUGAUGUCAGGAAGGGUACGUCCACUCGAAAACCACGGCCUGUUUCUCAGCUGGUUUCACAGCAAGCGAAUCAGCAGUUUGCGCCACCCACGCUCCCCAAAAAGGAGAAGAAAGAAAAAUCAGAGAAAGACAAAAGUGAUAAAGAACCAACACUGAAAAAGAAAGGCCAUAAAAAGAUGAGGCCCAGGUUAAAAAACAUAGACCGGAGCAGCGCGCAGCAUCUGGAGGUCACAGUUGGAGACUUGACAGUAAUAAUCACAGACUUUAAGGAGAAAGCCAAACCCACCUCCACGCCGACAAGCGCCGCCUCAGCGGACCAACACAGUCAAAGUGGCUCAAGCUCCGAUAACACUGAACGAGGAGUAUCCAGAUGCACUACGCCCCACGCAGAAGGAUCGCCGGUGAACGGAGAGACACACUAACCUCCACGCUCCCAGGCAGCACAACCCGUCUUCCUGCCCUCCCUACGGCCUCAACCGGAGAUUCAACCUCCACUUGCAUUAAUGAAAGUACAAAUUCAAACAUGACCGCGUUGACCUCUUUUCAGGACGAUAUCUUUCACUGCCUUUUCCAUGACAAAAGAGUUCAGGAGUCUGCUGUGUGCUCGAGAACAAGAACUGUCGCGAUGAACUGAAAGAAUUAAACCGUAGCAUUAAAUCCUGGAUUUUUGCCACGUUUUGUGGUUACUUGUGUUUUAACACUUCAGUUUUGCGUCAGCGUCACACUGCGUCGGUCGUUGCUGCACAGAUUGCUUGACGGAUUGUGAAAGAAAAUGAGAAUCUCACAAGUGUUGUUCACCCUUGAUUUUUGUUAACGGUUGAGUUUUAUUUGCACUUAAUGGCGUUCUAUGUUUAACAUUUUUUAGCAUUGACCUUUUUUCCAUUAUCAGUAAAUCAUAACACUGCUGGUUGUUUGCUUUAUCCAGCUCUCAUUUUAUUGCUUUGAAUGCCAUAAUUUUUUUUUUUUACUGUCUAACAUCUGAGUAAAUAUACUAAAUAUUUGUUCUAA